UCAAGAGGUUCUUCAGUUGUGGGACAGCUUAAACUGAACUGCUUCCAUACUUCAGCUACUUCAUCGCUUCGCUAUGGCUCAGAAUUGGGUAUGUCCUCUCAAGGCUCUACGACAAUGUCGUCUCGUCGCGGCUACGCCCGCGCAGAUCUCGGUACUGCUCCAAGCCACCAUAGAACCAUUCGCAUCGAAGGGCUUGACGAUAAUCUCACCGAUGACAAUUCUCAACCCCGCAUGUACAUUUGGGGAACAAGAAUUUGUGUUGUGGACGUACAGAGGGCAUUCCGGCUUUUCAUUACCGAGUUCAAAGUUUCCUCAUUGGAUGAAGAUGAAAAUAUGCUGAUGUUGCCAUCGACGCGCCAGGCUGUUGAUACCUCCAUUCCGUACUACAUGGAACGUUUAUUCGAGAUCGACCAAACCGAUUGUCCGUAUCUCAACUUGAACCUUGCUCACGUCAAGACGUUCUCGGAGCCACUCUAUAGGAAGAUAGUCGCAUAUCCAUCGGAUGUAAUACCGUAUCUGGACAUUACUGUAAAUGAGAUCUACCAGGAGAAGUAUAAUCGCGCUUUGGCUACACCAAUUGAACUGCGUCCUUUUAACGCCGAUAAAACAAGAAAUAUGCGUAGUUUGAAUCCGUGUGAUAUUGAUCAGUUGAUCACAAUUACUGGUAUGGUAACUCGUACUUCGUCCCUUAUCCCGGAAAUGCGAAUGGGCUUCUUCCAGUGUUCAGUUUGCAAAUUUUCUGUGGAAAGCGAAGUGGAUCGUGGAAGGAUCGAAGAACCUACAGUAUGUACUAAUUGCUCAAACACUAUGUGCUUCCAACUAAUUCACAAUCACUCGUUGUUCUUAGAUAAACAAAUUAUCAAACUACAAGAGUCACCUGACGAUAUGCCUGCUGGUCAAACUCCUCAUACCGUGACUGUUUUCGUUCAUGGCCAUUUGGUUGAAUCAGUUCAGCCAGGCGACCGCGUAACACUCACUGGAAUCUUUCGUGUUCAAGCAGUCAAGGUUAAUCCUCGUCAAAGAAAUUUGAUGGCUGUUUAUCGUACUAACAUUGAUGCGCUGCACUUCAGAAAAACUGAUUCUUCCCGCCUUCAUCAGGAUAAUGGUGAAUCACUUACUGAUGAACGUAUUGAACAGAUCCGUAAUCUGUCGAAACGCCCUGAUAUUAUUGACGCCCUGAGUCACGCAAUUGCUCCCUCGAUCUAUGAACAUAAUGACGUUAAGAAGGGUAUACUAUGUUUACUGUUUGGCGGCACUGCAAAAGAUGAUGAAAACACACACAAAACAAAGCUGAGAAGCGAGAUCAAUGUCCUCCUUUGUGGAGAUCCCGGUACUUCCAAAUCACAACUUCUGCAAUAUGUGUACCGUAUUCUGCCGAGAAGCCAAUACACUAGUGGCAAGGGCUCAUCUGCGGUUGGGUUGACAGCUUCUGUAUCGCGAGACUCUGAUACCCGUCAGCUGGUGCUUCAAACCGGUGCGCUGGUGCUUGCUGAUAAUGGUGUUUGUUGCAUUGACGAGUUUGAUAAGAUGAACGAGUCAACUAGAAGCGUCCUUCAUGAGGUCAUGGAGCAACAAACUUUAUCCAUUGCUAAGGCGGGAAUCAUCUGUCAACUUAAUGCUAGAGCUUCAAUCCUCGCGGCUGCGAAUCCGAUUGAUUCGAAGUGGAAUCGUGAUAAAACGAUUGUCGACAACAUUCAACUUCCUCACACGCUUCUGUCCAGAUUUGAUUUGAUAUUCCUGCUUGUCGAUCCGCAGGAUGAAGCAUACGAUCGACGCUUAGCUAACCAUUUAGUCUCCCUUUACUACAAGGACAAAGCCGAAGCACAAGCGGAACAACUGGACAUGGCUCUGUUGAGAGAUUAUAUUGCAUAUGCUAAAACGAAUGUCCAUCCAAAGCUGAAUGACGAGUGCUCUCAAUUCAUAAUUGAUAAGUAUUUGUUUAUGAGAAAGGCUGGAGCACAACACGGGCAAAUAUCGGCAUAUCCUCGUCAAUUGGAAUCGUUGAUUCGGCUCUCGGAAGCUCAUGCGAAAAUUCGCCUAUCAGAUACAGUGACAGUGGAGGACGUUGAAUCUGCUUACAACCUGUACCGUGAGGCACUAAAGCAAUCUGCUGUUGAUCCGGUUACUGGUAAGGUAGAUGUAAAUAUUCUGGCCGCCGGCAUGAGUGCCACUAGCAGAAAAAUGGUUGCGGAAGCCAUAGCUGGCCAUUUGGAGAGCACUAAAGGCGUGAAUAUCUCAGCUAAGAAUCUCUUUAUGACUUUGAAACAGGCUGAUAAGAUGCUUAAUCGUGACAUAUUUGACGAGGCAUUGAAUGAAUUAGCAAAGAAUGAGUUGAUCGUCAGAACUGGUGAAAGGAUUCGAUAUCUGCCAGUGAAGAAUUGA